UGACCAUCCACCAGAGGAUCCACACGGGAGAACGGCCCUACAAGUGUGAGCAGUGCGGGAAGAGGUUCACCCAGAGCUCCCACCUGAUUGUCCACAAGAGGAGCCACAUGGGGCAAAGGCAGGGAUCUGAGGGGGAAAAAACGACCCUGGGCAGCGACGGCGGCCGGAGCUCGGAGCUGGGGGUCCCUGAGCAGCUCCAGGACGGGGAGAAGCCCCACAAGUGCUCGGAGUGUGGGAAGAGCUUCGGCAAGAGAUCCUACCUGCUCCGGCACUGGGUUACCCACACGAAGCAACGGCCCUACGAGUGUGGGCAGGGCGGGAAGAGCUUCACCGAGCGCAACACCCUGACCAAACACCGGAUGACCCACACCGGGGAACGGCCCCACGAGUGUGGGCUGUGUGGGAAGACCUUCACCCAGCGCGCCCACCUGAUUGUCCACCAGAGAAGCCACACCGGGGAGAGGCCGUACGAGUGCGACAAAUGCAAGAAGAGGUUUCAGACCAGCUCCACUCUCGUCGUGCACCAGCGCAUUCACACAGACGAGAAGCCCUUCCGCUGCCCCGACUGCGGGAAGGGGUUCAGGGAAAACUCCACCCUCGUCAAGCACCGGCGCGUCCACACCGGGGAGAGGCCCCACGAGUGUCCCCAGUGUGGGAAGACUUUCAGAGAGAGCUCCCACCUGAUGGUUCACCAGAGGGGCCACACCGGGGAGAGGCCUUAUGAGUGUGAGGAGUGCGGGAAAACCUUCACCCAGAGCUGCAGCCUGGUUGUCCACCAGAGGAACCACACGGGAGAACGGCCCUACGAGUGUGGGGAGUGCGGGAAGAGCUUCACCCGGAGCUCAGGGCUGAUUGCCCACCAGAUGACCCACACCGGGGAGAAGCCCUACGAGUGUGUGCUGUGUGGGAAGAGCUUCAGUACGAGCUCCUACCUGGUCAAACACCAGAUGAUUCACAGCGGGGAGAAGCCCUACGAGUGCGAUCAAUGCAGGAAAAGGUUUCAGAGCAGCUCGGAUCUCCUGAAGCACCAGCGCAUUCACACCGACGAGAGGCCCUUCCGCUGCCCCGACUGCGGGAAAGGCUUCAGGCACAAUUCCGACCUCGUCACCCACCGGAGAAUCCACACCGGGGAGAAACCCUUCGAGUGCGGGCAGUGUGGGAAGAGAUUCUCCAGGAGAUCUGCCUUGACCAAACACGAAAAGCUCCAGGACGGGGAGAAGCCCCACGCGUGCUCGCAAUGUGGGAAGACCUUCAGGUGGAGAUGCUGUCUGGUUGACCAUUUCAGAAUCCACACUGGGGAGAGGCCCUACGAGUGUGGUCACUGCAAGAAGAGGUUUCAGACCAGUUCCAAACUCCUCGAGCACCGGCGCACUCACACCAAGGAGAAGCCCUUCGUCUGCCCCGACUGCGGGAAGGGCUUCAGUCAGAAGUCCAACCUCGUCACCCACCGUCGCAUCCACACCGGGGAGAGGCCCUACAAGUGUGGACAUUGUGGGAAGAGCUUCACCACAAACCAGCAGAUGAUUGUCCACCAGGUGAUCCACACGGGAGAACGGCCCUACAAGUGCUCGGAGUGUGGGAAGAGCUUCACGUGUAAAUCCUCCCUGAUUUACCACUUGCGAAUCCACACCGGGGAACGGCCCUACAAGUGUGGCCAGUGUGCGAAGAGCUUCAGCACAAACUCCUGCCUGAUCGUCCACCGGAGGAUCCACACUGGAGAGAGGCCCUACAAGUGCGGGCAGUGCGGGAGGGGCUUCACUUCCAGCACGGCGCUGACCGUCCACCGCAGGAAGCACACGGGGGAACGGCCCUACGAGUGUCUCCAGUGUGGGGAGAGCUUCAGCCGCAACUCCCACCUGAGUGUCCACCUGAUGGGCCACACCGGGGAGAGGCCCUACCAGUGUCCCCAGUGUGGGAAGAGCUUCAGGACGAGCUCCUGCCUGAUGAAACACCAGAUGAUCCACACCGGGGAGAAGCCCUACGAGUGUGGGCAGUGCGGGAAGAGCUUCAUGGCGAGAUCCUACCUGGCUGUCCACCAGAGGAGCCACACCGGGGAGAGGCCCUACGAGUGUCCCCAUUGUGGGAAGAGCUUCAGCACGAGCUCCUACCUGAUCGUCCAUCAGAGGAUCCACACCGGGGAGAGGCCCUUCAAGUGUGGGGAGUGCGGGAAGAGCUUCAUCACCCGCUCCUUCCUGAUCUACCACCAGAGGAUCCACACGGGGGAGCGGCCCUACGAGUGUGAUGUGUGCGGGAAGGGCUAUCGCACCAGCUCCCUUCUCCUCGUUCACCAGCGCACUCACACCGAUGAGAAGCCUUUCCUCUGCCCCGACUGCGGGAAGGGCUUCAGGGACAACUCCACCCUCGCCAUCCACCGGCGCACCCACACCGGGGAGAGACCCUACCUGUGUCCCCAGUGUGGGAAGAGCUUCAUGCUGAGCUCCUACCUGACUGUCCACCAGAGGAGCCACACGGGGGAGCGGCCCUACCGGUGUGGGCAGUGCGGGAAGAGCUUCACGACGAGCAACAGCCUGGUCUGCCAUCAGAGGAUCCACAGCGGGGAGAGGCCCUACCACUGUGGGCAGUGUGGCAAGAGCUUCAGCACGAGCUCCUGCCUGGCUUCCCACCAGAAGAGCCACAGCGGGGAGAAGCCCUUCGAGUGUAUGCUGUGUGGGAAGAGGUUCCGGGUUAACUCCACGCUCCAGAGGCACCAGAGCGCACACUCGGGGGAGAAGCCCUUCCGCUGCCCCGACUGCAACCGGGGCUUCAAGCUCCACACCUACCUUGUCAAGCACCGGCUCAUCCACUCCGGGCAGGGGCCCCGUGAGUGUCCCCAGUGUGGGAAGAGCUUUUCCGCCACCUCUUUCUUGGCCAGACACCAAUGGAAGUACCACUGAGGGCAGCCCUGAGAGAGCCCAGAGCGCAGGAAGAGCUCCGUGCACUGCUCCAGCUCCAUCCCCCGCGGGAGGAUCCGCGCUGGAUGAUCCCCAGGGAGCCCCGGUGAUCCCUGGUGCCGGUGAUCCCUGUUGGGAAGACACCUGCCCGGGGGCUCCGCAUCCUCCUGGCUCCCUGUGGGCAUAUCCGCAGUCCAACAUCAGACAUCCGUUGUGCAGAGCGGAUUUGUCAAGUUCUGACCCUAGAAAAAUCUCAGUUUUUCCGUCUUGUGGUGGUCUAAGCAACAUUAGAUAGCCUCGGAGGUCUUCUCUAACAUCAAUCCAUUGUUUUAUUUAUUUCUAGCCCACGGGCAUCUUCCACAGUGGAAUGGAGUGGGAUUGGGGCAAAACCCCCAAAUUUUGGAGAGAGUGGUGUGGAAACUCCUCCAAAAAAGGUUCUUCCCACCCAUCCAAGCAUGUGAGUGCUCUGCCAGCAGGGACACGUAAAUCCUCGUUUUGGUUUUGGAAUGAAAAUGUUUCUGUUCAUCCCCUUGAAAGCCCUGAAGCUGAGGUAGAAAUAAAGACGUUGA